CGGGCCCCUUCCUGCACCCAGCCGCCAGUUGCCGGUUGCUAAGCAGUUAUUGUUUCUGUGGCGAUUGCAGAGGCUGCUGCUAAUUGGAGAAGCCCCGCCGAGCAGCAGCGUCUUCCCUCUCUCUGCCUUUGCAUGCAAACAGCCAACUGGCCUUGCUCUUCCACUCCCUCCCCCGCCCCGCCCCGGCCCCCGAGCCUGGCGGUUUCGGAAGUAUGGACUAGAAUUGCACUCUUCCUCCUCACCACCCUCCAGACUCUCGUGGCUCCAAACUCACCCUCAGGCCCCAACCGCCCCCCGCCCCGGACGGGGCGAGCGCCCCGGACAGACCAUGACCACCGCCAAGGAGCCCAGCGCCUCGGGCAAAGCCGUGCAGCAGCAGGACCAGGAGCUGGUGGGGAGUAAUCCUCCGCAGAGAAACUGGAAAGGAAUCGCAAUCGCUCUGCUGGUCAUUCUGGUCAUCUGCUCCCUGAUUGUCACCUCGGUCAUCCUGCUGACGCCAGCGGAAGAUACAAGUCUGUCUCAGAAGAAGAAGGUGAGCGUGGAAGAUCUUUUCAGUGAAGAUUUCAAGAUCCAUGACCCCGAGGCGAAGUGGAUAAGUGAUAAAGAAUUCAUCUACCGGGAGCGGCAAGGGAACGUCAUCCUGCGGAACGUUGAAACAAAUCAUUCUACAGUGCUGAUAGAAGGCAAGAAAAUUGAAUCCUUAAGAGCCAUCCGAUAUGAAAUAUCUCCAGAUAAAGAAUAUGCACUUUUCUCCUAUAACGUGGAACCGAUAUACCAACAUUCCUACACUGGAUACUACGUCCUGAGCAAAAUUCCCCAUGGGGACCCUCAGAGUCUGGACCCACCAGAAGUCAGCAAUGCCAAACUUCAGUAUGCAGGGUGGGGCCCUAAAGGCCAGCAGCUGAUAUUUAUCUUCGAGAACAACAUCUACUACUGUGCACAUGUCGGGAAGCAGGCGAUCCGCGUGGUGUCUACUGGGAAGGAGGGUGUGAUUUACAACGGCCUCAGCGACUGGCUGUACGAAGAGGAGAUUCUGAAGACCCACAUAGCACACUGGUGGUCUCCAGAUGGCACGCGGCUCGCCUACGCCACUAUCAACGACUCCCGCGUCCCCGUCAUGGAGCUCCCAACCUACACGGGCUCCAUCUACCCCACUUCGAAGCCUUACCACUACCCCAAGGCUGGCAGUGAGAACCCCAGCAUUUCCCUGCAUGUCAUCGGCCUGAACGGACCCACCCAUGACUUGGAGAUGAUGCCACCCGAUGACCCACGCAUGAGGGAAUACUACAUCACCAUGGUGAAGUGGGCCACCAGCACAAAGGUCGCUGUCACCUGGCUGAACCGGGCACAGAACGUGUCCAUCCUGACCCUCUGUGAUGCUACCACGGGGGUCUGCACCAAGAAACACGAGGAUGAAAGCGAGGCUUGGCUCCACAGACAGAAUGAAGAGCCUGUGUUCUCCAAGGAUGGCCGGAAGUUCUUCUUUGUCAGAGCCAUCCCGCAGGGGGGACGAGGGAAGUUCUACCACAUCACGGUGUCAUCGUCACAGCCCAACAGCAGCAAUGACAACAUCCAGUCCAUCACCUCCGGGGACUGGGAUGUGACCAAGAUCCUGUCCUACGAUGAGAAGCGGAAUAAGAUCUACUUCCUGAGCACAGAGGAUCUGCCACGGAGACGCCAGCUCUACAGUGCCAACACGGUGGGCACCUUCAACAGGCAGUGCCUGUCCUGUGACUUGGUGGAGAACUGUACCUACUUCAGCGCUUCCUUCAGCCACAACUCGGACUUCUUCACCCUCCAGUGUGAAGGCCCUGGGGUGCCCACGGUGACCGUGCACAACACCACGGAUAAGAGAAAACUCUUUGACCUGGAAACAAAUGAGCACGUCCAGAAGGCCGUCAGUGACCGGCAGAUGCCUAAGAUCGAGUACCGGAGAAUCGAGGUCGAUGAUUACAACUUGCCAAUGCAGAUCCUGAAGCCAGCCACAUUCACCGACACGACCCACUAUCCCUUGCUCCUGGUGGUGGACGGCACCCCAGGGAGCCAGAGCGUGGCUGAGAAGUUUGAGGUGACCUGGGAGACGGUGCUGGUGAGCAGCCAUGGAGCAGUGGUGGUGAAGUGUGAUGGCCGAGGCAGCGGCUUCCAAGGAACCAAGCUCCUGCAGGAAGUGCGAAGGCGGCUCGGCUCCCUGGAGGAGAAGGACCAGAUGGAGGCCGUGCGGGCCAUGCUGAAGGAGCAAUACAUCGACAGGACGCGGGUGGCUGUGUUCGGGAAGGACUAUGGUGGGUACCUGAGCACUUACAUUCUCCCAGCCAAGAUUGAAAACCAAGGUCAGACUUUCACCUGUGGCUCGGCGCUGUCUCCCAUAACCGACUUCAAACUCUACGCGUCUGCCUUUUCGGAAAGGUACCUGGGCCUGCAUGGGCUGGACAACAGAGCAUACGAGAUGACCAAGGUGGCGCACCGAGUGUCCGCGCUGGAGGGCCAGCAGUUCCUCAUCAUCCACGCCACAGCUGAUGAAAAAAUUCAUUUCCAGCACACAGCAGAGCUCAUCACGCAGCUCAUUAAGGGGAAGGCCAACUACAGCCUACAGAUCUACCCAGACGACAGUCACUACUUCCACAGCGCCGCCCUCAAACAGCACCUGUACCGCUCCAUCAUCAACUUCUUCGUGGAAUGUUUCAGGAUUCAGGACAAGCUACCGACGGCCACAGCGAAAGAGGACGAGGAGGAGGACUAACCACAUUCCAGCCCGAAGCACAGACGUGGCUCCUUCUACAACAAUAUGCAACUGAGGAACCUCCCCGCCACUUUCUCCCUCCACGGGCAGGUGGGGUGGAGGUGCUGACCUUCCACCAUGUGGGUCUCCGUUCUGAAGGCCAUCUGGUGUCGGGGGGGACAUGCUCCUUCCCCAGUGGAGACCACACAGCCUGGCACAACCCCGCCUCAGCAGCAUCACCUCCUCCUGGCCCCCAGUGACUGGCACAUUCCAUGUCUCUCCCCCAGGGGGCAAAGUGAAAGACAGAUGGCAGUGAGGGCCCACUUGGAACCCAAGAAAACCAGCCCUUAAAUUGAAGCUUUCUCUCCGUAGCACCGAGACCCACCCCGUGUGUUCGCUCACCGUGCCCACACUCAUGGCGGUGCGUCCUGUGGCAUCUCCUGUGCCGUGGGGACGAGCGCAGCACGGUGGUCUCAGCUGCACGUGUUCAUACACGGCUGGCUCCCCUCUGUGCUUAGGAGAGUCCAUACUUCCCAUCUGUAUCCCCAGAACCUCUUUGUGUGCAGAGUAUGACUGUAGCUGCCAGUGGUUAACCUCGUAGACUUUCUUUGUAUUUUUCUAUGGUUUUAACCGGAUGCGCCAUCGUGUCUGCUCGUGGGGUUGUUUUGCUGUUUUCUCUCUCCUUUCGGUAUCUCUUUCUUUGCUUUGCUUUCCACAUUGUGCUUUAUUGAAUGGGAGCAGCUGCUGUCUGGCCAGCGCCGUGUCAGAAGUGGUAGAGGCAUGUCAGACGCUGAGGGUGUGAGUGAGGGCAUCCCCAGCAGCUCUCACAGAAACCACACCAGGAAACCUUUCUCCACUGAGCUGGGCAAGGACACAUGUGUCCUGGAGCCACCCCCUUUCUCCUGGAUCAAUUGUCUUUUCAGGUGGCAUUUGGUUCAGAAUCGUAAGACGAUGUGUUGGUUCCACCCCUCAAUCAGUUGGGUGAUUCCAGCAUUGUGUGGGGUGACGUGGGGGGCACACAUGUCCCCUCUAGCCCGGGAGGUGGUGCCUCCCUCCUUUGACAGCAGUGGAGUUGAUGCGGUCCUGUUAGCUGUAAGAUACAUGCUGACCAGAUGUGCAGCCACUGUUGCCAGUGUAUAUUUCAUUGCAUUGUAUAUAAAAAAACCAGGAAUGUGUGUCUGCCAUUUGUGCAUCCCCCCCCCAAACCCCCAGCGCUAACCUUGUACCGGGCUUGCAUGCAGACACCUCUCUGGCUGGUCUGGCCCCUCCACAAGUGCUAGUUUGAAAUAUAUCAAUUAUUGUCAUUUCCUUUCAGACUUGUUGACAACCUGAAUGUCAAUACUGAUUUCUCCAGCUUCCAGUCUUGCUGGGGUGUCCUCGAUACCCUGUCUGCAGAGGAGAUGUGUCCAUGUCGCUCUUUGGUGUUUGGGGGCUUUGGUUCCAUCCACACGACUUUGAACGUUGGUUCUUGGUAGAUCCGGUAGAUCUUUGUCCCAGAAUUUUACAGGUGACGCAUCACCAUCCGUGAAGGGAUCCGUGAGCUGACAGCCAGGACUGAUCUAAAUGCCACCCUAUCAUUGUCUAGCUACUUCACCAGGCUUGGCAAUGGCAGUGGCAAAGACAAGGAGGUCUGAAAAGGGAAGCCAGCUCUGGCUGCAAGACUUAGAGGCUGUGGGGCGUGGCAUGGUAGCGCUUGUCACCCAUGAAUAAAACAUUAUUUUACCACUUGGA